GGAAGUCUGGCUGACAUCUCCAGGGAGGGAGUGUUGGAGGCGAGGCGCAGUUCCCGCCUCUGGAGUAAGCUGGCGACCUCAUUCAUCCUCCCACUCCUUCCGGGGAUGCUGAGCCCCCGCGGGAAACGCAGAAAAAAGGCCACUGCCACUUUAAAUAACUGAGGAAGUGAAAGGCGGCCGCCUAACAGGCAAAGGGAAAGUGGAACCGGGGCGAUACGGACCGGCAACGGCGCGGUCUCGCCGCCGGUAGCGGGAGACAAGCGCGGCGCGGGGGCCGACGGGGGCGCGGGGCCGCGGCGCCGGAAGUGCCCGCGCCGCCAGAGGAAGCGCCGCGGGCACCAAGCGGCAGAGCGGUGGAAGGCCCUUUCCCCCCUGGCCGGGAGGGGGCUGCCAGGAGCGGGCGGCAGCGGCGCCGGGCCCCAGGCCUGCUCUGGAAUACGGCGCGGCCCACGCGGGUGCCGACUCCCCGGGACGGGACCCGGGUCGGGAGGAGGACUUAAGGGGGCCGCGCGAAGGCAAAGCGGCCAGCUCGGAGUGCUGAGGCCUUGGCCGCUUCCCAGCGCUCACAUGGCCUCCGGAGUGGACGAGGCCGUCGAGGAGCUGCCGCACGACGGCACGUGUGACGAGUGCGAACCCGAUGAGGCUCCGGGAGCCGAGGAAGUGUGCCGAGAAUGUGGCUUCUGCUACUGCCGCGGCCACGCAGAGGCGCACAGGCAGAAAUUCCCCAGUCACCACUUGGCCGGCUAUGUCCAUGGCGCAGCCCAGCCCUGGACCUCGGGGGCCCAGGGGAACGGGGAGGGUCCGGAAGACGUGGAGGCUAAGGCGGAGGAGGAGAGGGAUAUAGAAAGUGAGUUGAGGGAAGACAGCGAGUCGGAAGAAGAGAGCGAGAGUGAGGAUGACAGCGAUGAAGAGAGUGAAGAAGACAGUGAGGAAGAAAUGGAAGAUGAACAAGAGAGUGAAGCAGAUGAAGACAACCAGGAAGGAGAAUCUGAGGCUGAGGGAGAAACUGAGGCAGAAAGCGAAUUUGACCCAGAAAUAGAAAUGGAAGCAGAGAGAGUGGCCAAGAGGAAGUGCCUGGACCAUGGGCUGGAUUUGAGCACUUAUUGCCAGGAAGAUAAGCAGCUCAUCUGUGUCCUGUGCCCAGUCACUGGGGCUCACCAGGGCCACCAACUCUCUACCUUAGACGAAGCCUUUGAGGAACUAAGAAGCAAAGACUCAGGUGGACUGAAGGCAGCUAUGAUAGAGUUGGUGGAAAGGUUAAAGUUCAAGAGCUCAGACCCUAAAGUAACCCAGGACCAGAUGAAGGAAUUUAUACAGCAGGAAUUUAAGAAAGUUCAGAAAGUGAUUGCUGAUGAGGAACAGAAGGCCCUUCAUCUAGUGGACAUCCAGGAAGCGAUGGCCACGGCUCAUGUGACUGAGAUACUGGCAGAUAUCCAAUCCCACAUGGAUAGGUUGAUGACUCAGAUGGCCCAAGCCAAGGAACAACUUGAUACCUCUAAUGAAUCAGCUGAGCCAAAGGCUCUAGAGGGUUUCGAGGAAGGACCCAGUGGUGCCAGUGAAGAAGAGGACACAUGAAGGCUUGCCACCCAGUGGAAAAUCAUCCUCCCCUUGUGUGUAUGUGAGAGUGUGUAUGUAAUGGCUUCUGAUUUCUGUGAAAGCUGCCCAGCAACAAACGUGCUUCUACCAGAUACGUCCCCAAAUCCACUGCAGGCACAUACCUUUCCAAGGGAUGACCAGUUUUAUUGUUUCCUCACUAUGUGCUUCUCAUUCUCCUGUCAUGGUAUUUCAAGGAAAGUGCCCCUUUCAUCAGCCAGGAGGAAUUAAGAGGGGUCCUUCAGGUGCUCCCUCUGUGACUGCUUUGAACUUAGGGAAGCCAGCCCCUAAACAUUACCACUUCAUUAGGAAGGAUCUGGAAUAAUCUUGAAGAGCAGUCACAGUUUUUUUCCCUACCUGCUAAGAAAACCCCACUUUAUACAUAUUGAAGAAUGAAGUAAAUGAAGGCAAAGUAGGGCCGAAUCAAAGUAGGGUCUUUAAAAGUCUGAUUAUACAUUUGUGAAAAUGUGGUUUUGUGAAGUAAGAUGGAUGGUUUGAAAAUGGGGUAGGAGAAAGAGUUAAAAGAAAUAUAUAGAGAUAUUUUUAGUACAUGAGGUUAUCCAGGCCUUCCGAUUCAUAAUUCAGUGCUGUGGAAAUGAAAAAAGUGAUUGAAGAGGUAAAAAGGAAAUGACUUUUUAGAAAAAAAAAAGGACCAAAGAGAUCUGAUUAAAAGUUGAAAUCAGUAUUUUUGAACUCAAAUUGUCUGCGUUUCCAAAAUAGUCACUAAAGAAUCUGAUGGAACUUGAAUUAUGUGGGUGAAUUCUGCAGGUUUUGUGGGUCUUGUCACAACAUGAAAGGCUGGAAUGUAUAUUACCAAAUGGGAAUUUUCAGUGUCGGUUUUUGCUACCCCCUGCCUCCAGUUAGCCUGAUUUGGUUUAAAUGCAGUGUUGGGAGAACUCUUGUCAUGCUGUGGUAUGAGGAACCAAGCUCCGUCUCCUAGUAGGUAUACCCUCCUUCUACUCCUGCUGGGACCCCUCUUCCCAUGGCACUCCCCACCCACAGACCUUCAGAUCAUCUCCCACACCCUGCUUCUCUCCUUGCAAGUAGAGAGACAUGCCAUGUUUGGAUUUCUGGCUUCUCCAUUCCCAAAUCAAAUUUUCUUACAGCCAGGUUUUUUACUCCCAAGUAAGCAGUGAUGUACUAGGGGAAUACAAAAACUUGAAGCUAAAAAACCUGCAUCUUCUUAAACAUCAGUUUUAACAAGUGGUUUGGAAGCUGGGGAAUAACUUUAUAUUUUAGAUAAAACAAUUAUACUAUGAAAUAGAAUGUUCAUAUACAUAAAUAGUUAAGAUAAAACUUCACAGAGAAUUCUUACUUGCAAGUGGGUAUGUGUUCCCUCUCCACUGCCUUUAGUGGUAUUGUGUUCACUUUUGCGAAGUACAAUUGAAACUAUAAUAUCCAGGCAACCUUGCGAUGCCGCUCACUCAGGGUCUAGGCUUCUAGUGUCUCUGAGGCAGAACGCAAGGAGCCCGCACUGGGAGAAAGCCCUCUCCUCCCGCCUGCCUGUGUACCUACCACAAAAUGUUUGGGCCAGCUGAUUUGUGUGUAUGCAGGAUGGUUUUGAGGCAGAAACAAUACUUACUAUAGGAAUCUGUUUAUAUCAUUGUUCAAUCCUGUGCAUGCUAUGAAGUCAUUAUUUCUUUGAAGCCAGGACAUACAUACUUCUGGCUUAGGAUUACCAUAGCUCACUAAAUAUAUCAGGAUGUUAGAGCUAAGAGUAGUUUGGAGUGCUAAAAAAAUGUAUUUUUUUUUCUUUCAAACUGGUUGCCAACAAAUGGCCAAGACAAUUUCAAUGCUUAACCUAUCUGCCCAUAAAGAUGGAGGAAUUUGGCAUACCACUAAAUAUAACCCCAAACUAUAUCCAACAAGACUACUUUUAAAUAAGGACCAAUGGCCACUCUUACAAGAGUUUAAAAAUUAGAAGAUUAAGAAGACUUUAGGAUUUGGAAGUUUGUAUUGUCUUCCCCCAGUAAUUAUUGUUUCAUCUCCAAAUAGUAGUCUUUUCUUAGCAAUGGACAGAUUCACUGGCUCCUCCAUACCUGAUACUGUGUUAUUACUUUAUAUCAGUAUUUGGGAAACCCAAGCAUUUAUGCAGUGGAUCUAAACAGAAAUAUGAAAAUUCCUGCCAGUCUCUUAAUACACUACCAUAACACUGUAAUCCUAAAGAGAAGCUCUUUUGCUUUUACUUAGGAUUUCAGAUUUGCCUUAUGGACUCCUGCUAUAUUCAGCACCUGAUAAAACUUUAACCAGGGAAGCAUUAAACACAACGCAGCAGGUUCUGCCUAGGCCCUGAAUUCCUGCCAGCAGCAUUUAUCAAUGUAAGAACUAGGAUGCUUGCUGCAGUGGCACCGGCUUCCUCCAAAGCUGGAGCUGCUCGGCCUUAAGCCCCAGCAUGACGAGGCUUCUCUCCUCCCAGGUCAGUGCAAGCUAGUGUGUUCAGAAUUGUGUCCUACUGGCUGCAGAGUAUGUAGAAAUUCCAAGGAAGAAGUCAUUAAGGAGGCAGUUAAUGGAUGUCUACAGAAUGAAUUGGGUUCUCAUAGCAAUACCUCUCAAGUGUUGGCUAUCUGGAAGCUGAGAGGGGUUUUUACUUUGGUUUGAUGUCAUUAAAUCCAAGGCAAUUGCAAGAAGUGCUUGGAGUUUCAGUCCUGACAUCCCAGGAGGGGAAAUGACCUAUAUUGAGGACCAACUAUGAGCCACUCUCUGUACUAGGCCCUCAUUUCUCAGAUGUUAAAACAUAUUUGGAAUAGAAGAGUCACUUGCCUACAGUUAAACAGUUAGGAAAUACUGGAGCCAGAUUUUGAACCCAGCUGUCCCUAACUUUAUAACCCGUGGUACACCUAAAAUACCAAGGGAGAAGGAGAAAGACGUUUUCAUGUUCCCCUACUGCAGGCAGAUUAUCCCACUUUAUGAAUUCUUUUUCAAAAUUACAUUUUGUGGCUGUAGUUUGGGCUAAGAAAUGGUGUCAAGUUAGUCUUAUUCUUCAGACUUAAUGCAGAUGCGGAUGCAUUAAGUACACAUUGCUGACUUGAGCCUGCCCCCAGGAUUUUGGGAAGUCUUUCCUUUUUGGUGCCAUCCCCCACAAAGUGUUUCUAGGCCUUUAAGAAUAUUGAACUUCUCAGAAAUAGUAAAAGUGAAGGGUGUUCUGCUCUCUAACUUUGUUUGAAAAUGCUGCUGCACUGCUGCAGAAAAGGAAAUCUUCAUGUUUGUGUAAAUCCAGGUGCUUUGAGGGUGUGGUAAUACAGAGUCCAGUGAAUCUAGACUUUGCUGCUGAUACCUGAUAUACACACACACACACACACACACACACACACAAUUUAAGAACUAAGGGAAACUCAAAGUAACCCCCUCGUUAUCUUGCAUCCCACUGCAAAAACUGCAAAGGUUCCUGCCAGCCAUGAUUACAAGUGUCAGCAGAUAAUUGGAGCUUAGUGCUUGCUUGCAAGAUGUUUACAAGAAGGGCAGCUCCUUAGCAAAGGUUGUCGGCUCCUAAAGCAUUGAGCCAAGGUGACAACCCUGAAAGAAACAGCACUCCAGCCCUUCUCCACGAUGUCUAAUGAUAGGGAAAACUGGGAUACCCAGCCAUCUUGGUGACCUGAAAGUCUGACCCCUCGAGGCAGGCACGAGGGCACAGCUGUAAAAUUCACAGCUUGUAGCAGUGGCAGGGUGGGCCUAGGAAGUCCUCUUGUGGACCUCAGAAAUAUUCUUUUGCCAAUACCUGAAAGUUCACAUUCACAUAAUAGCUGUUUGAUUUUGAUACAUACUAUUUCAUAAGAAAAUCAGUUGCAUGUUUACUGUGUGCCUAGUACAUCUGGAAUUUUCUGUUUAAAAUUCAAAUCUCAUUAUGAACAGAGUCCAGCCUGAAGAAAAAAAGAAGGCCCAUAGGGAAGACCUCAGUUCUCAUUAAUAUUGCUUUUACCGAGCAGUGUUUCUGAAGCCCUCCGCCCCCAACCAAUUCCAAGAGCCAUAGGCCCAGGUAGCUGCUGUCCCAUGGGGGCCUCCUGGUAAAACAGUGGCAUUUGGAGCAGAGGACACACCAGAGGCAGCAGAACAAGUGCCAGAGUAGGAAAAUGAAAAUAAAUGGAGACACUUAUGGGUAUACUGGUACAGAAAAUGCUGCAGAGCCCAUCUGGGCUUGAUAUAACCUUGAGGGGACAGUGGAUUUGUACUUAACUAGAGUUCAACCUGACCAGUCUUUCUAUAGUGACAGACCACAGUGCAUGGAUGGGAAGAACCAGUGAAUCCAUUGUCUCUUCCCUAUUUUCCUGUGCACAGAUACAUUCCCUCCUUAGUCAUCUUCCCCCUUCACCCUGUACGUUAAACAAGGGAGCCCUCAAUCUUUCAAGGGAAUUAUACAUUUGGAGUUAAUGCUUCAGUAUAUCAUUUUCAUACUAUAAAUUAUUUUGUAAGAGAGAUUUAUUGCUAUCCCAGGAUGUUUGGACUCAGUGCCCCUGUGCAUUUGGAAAUCAAUAAACUAAUACUGGAAGUAC